GUGUGAGAACGGAGAAAAGAGAGGAGGACCCACCAGAACCUGCAGAAGACCAGGGACAGCGUCCAGAUCCACAUCUACCAGGUCCAAGACCAGGUCCACCAAGACCAGAUCCACAGCGACUGGACUCUACUGAUACCAGAUUUUCUCCGGGUCAUUGAACGUCUCCGUCUGAACCCAUGGCGUCUCGUCUUCUGCUCGCCGCCUUCCUUCUGGUCGCCGUCCUCACGAUGCUGCGUCCCGCAGGUGCAGAGGAGGGCGGAGCCAACACAGCUGAAGAUGAACGACAGAAGCGUGACGUCCCCAACUGGGCCAUGACAGCCUCUGACUUCUUCGGAUGGGUGGAAGAAUUGCGAAAACAUGCCGGAUACGAGCGAAUUGAUGACCUGGCUCGAACCUUCUGGGCUCAUUUUCCCUCCGCUGACCGACUCGGGUACGGCAGCCAUGAACCCGACGAGUAAAGACGGAAAGAUCACGAUGAACCCGAGAAGGAAAGACGCCCAUGAACCCAAGAAAAGACCGAAAGAUGCCCAUGAACCCAAGAAAAGACCGAAAGACGCCCAUGAACCCAAGAAAAGACCGAAAGAUGCCCAUGAACCCAAGAAAAGACCGAAAGACGCCCAUGAACCCAAGAAAAGACCGAAAGAUGCCCAUGAACCCAAGAAAAGACCGAAAAGACCGAAAGACGACCAUGAACCCAAGAAAAGACCGAAAG